AGUUUAUAAGAACACGUUUUGCGUUGAGUUUCAAAUUUGUGCUUAUUUUUAAUAUUCUGCAUUAAUGCUCUAAAUAGAUCUUAGAUAAUGGAUUCGAGUGAUUGGCAACAUGUCAUUGUUACUCAUAUGGUAAACCCUUAUGGAAUAUGGGUUGCUAAUUUAUCAGAAUAUAAUACAGUAGAUUCUACGAAUGUAUUACUAGAUGUUCAUUUAUUCUUAGAAAAAGAGUAUAUGGAAAAAAAGAAUAGUAUUGAUAGUACAAAAUAUCAAAUCGGACAGGUUAUUGGUGUUUACUAUUCUUCCAUGAAAGUAUGGGCUCGGGGUAUCAUAGACGAUAUGUAUGGUGAUAAUUCAAUGCUGAUUUGGUUGACUGAUUUUGGGUACCACUUAUAUAAAGUUACAUUACCUGAAUUAGUUAUGCCACUCAGUACUGAAGGUUGCAAUAUAGCACCAAUUAUGAUACAUAAAUUAGGAGUUUAUGGUCUUUUGCCUGCACAGUUUGUACCUGAUGUUACAUUUUCUUCAUAUGAAAUUAAACCAUGCAAAUAUUGGCUUCCAGGAGCAGUAAAAGUUAUCGAAGAUCAUUUUAAAAAAAGUAAUGGUUUGAAGUUCCUUAAAAAAUGUGAUAUAACUCAUUCUGAUGGUAUGAUACAGCACUUUGGUAGAAUUGUGAUAAUUUUGAAUGGACAAGACGUAGAUAUUUGUGAAAUUCUUGUUCGACACAAACUAGCAAUUUAUGAUGAAAAGCUUUUUAUGGAAGGUUUCACUUCUUUAAAAAAUGUUUUAAGAAUCGAUAGACUUAUUCCUCAUAAUGAAAAACAUCUCGAUAUUGGGAAUAGAAUGUUGAGGUAUGAUAAUUUACAUGAAUCUAAUCAUUUGAAUUUUAUCAUGGAUUGGACAAAAAAUGCAGCCAAAGCUGCAAAGAAACAUUUAAUGGCUCCUGUAGAGGAUGUGAUCUUGUGAAUAUAUGUAGCGUGGCAUAUAAUGGACUGUUGUACUUAAAGAAAAAAGAAGUUUAUGCUUAAAUACUUGUUAUUUAAAAUGUUUAUUUUCAUAUGAAUUAAAAAUAUUUACGUAUAAUAUCAUGUUAUCUUUAAAUAUAUUUUGUAUAAAAUCC